AUGCGCUUCGUUGAAGUGGGCAUUACAGGAACUGCGCCGCAAGCCGAGGAAGUCCAGCGUCGCAGUCCGAGGAACAUGACAGCACUCAGAAAAUUCAGGCAUCUUGGCGCGAUCUUGGCCAUAUCUGCGCUCACUGCGCCGCUGAUGACGCAAGCCGAGCUCGUUGCAUCGAUAACUUUCUACUCGGUCAAUGGGCCUUUUGACCCCAGCUCUUGUGAUUUACUAGACUCAUACUUGCCACCGUCUCUAAAUUAUGUCCCGAUCAACUUCUUCAACAAGAAUAUUUACCGAACCAACUGCAGCAUCACGAACUCCACGGGUCGCGUCAAAUCUAUCCUUACGUACAGAUCCCUUUUUGACAGCUUAACUUCACUGGAAAACCUCAUCAGUUUCGCCAACGCAUUGCGGGAUGACACGUUGUGGCUGGCGCUGUUCCAGUUGGUACUUGCUGGCUGCGGUGCAGAGGCCUUUUACACGGACCCAGCCGUUGUAGCGGGGCUAACUCAGAACAUCACAGUCUGCACCAACAACCCCACCUCCACCAUUCUUCCGCCAACCGCCGGCACCAGCCCGCCAACCCCACCGCGACCCCCGCGGCCGCCAUUUCCCCCUGGUUUGGGGCCCUGUAUCCUCAUCACCAAAGCCAUAAGCUUCUACGCAUUUAACGCCCAACUUUUGCCAGAUCGUCCUUUUCGAUGUAUCGACGACGGCUCGACGAACGGGCAAAUGAUCGUUGUGGGUACCGCAGCGAGUCGUGACGACGGGCGCCUCGUCGCCACCAACUUCGGCCAGAAGGUUGUUGUCGGGGCCACCAUUCGGGCACUUGGCGGCAUGCAGUGCAACUCCGUCUUCCAGCUGGAGGGUGGCUCCUGCGGCGUAUACGUACGGUAUGACAGUUGGUCGAACCCCGAUCUCUUUGAUUGCUAUCCACCGCCGCCGCCGAUCCGCAUCACGAACCCCAACCAGGACGCCAUCUUCUCCAUAAAUUGCACCGCCCUCCGUGCCGCCGUGAAGGUGUCGCUGCAGGCAGCGGGGCAAACCCUGCUGUCGGACGUGUUGUGCACUGUGGGCUACAUCACGGGGGACACGUACCUGAACGUUCAGCUGCAGGACCCCGUUUCGGCGGCACAG